AUGCACAGUGGUGUUGGUUUUGUUGUGCACCCUUCUGUCGUCCAUCUUUUCGAUUCUCACGAGAUCCUGUCACCUCGUCUGGCCAUUCUUCGCCUCCGCCCGCUGCGCAGAAAACCCAUCAGUAUCAUCAACUGCUACUCACCAACAUCAGUAGCUGAUGAAUCCGAAUUGGAUGCGUUUUACGAGGAGCUGGACGAAAAAGAAAGGAUCCCAGACCAGUGGAAGACCUCGCGCGCCGUUCUCAUCCAUAAGAAAGGUGACCGAGAGGACCUUCGCAGCUACCGUACGAUAUGCUUGCUGAGCGUGUUAUACAAGAUCAUCCUCACGCGCAUAUCUAGGACGCUGGAUGAAACCCAGCCUCAAGAACAAGCUGGAUUCCGCCAGGGGUUCAGCUGCUUGGACCACAUCCAGACCGUGUCGAGGGUCAUAGAGGUUUGCCGGGAAUACCGCCUGCCCCUUGUUCUAACCUUCGUCGACUAUGAGAAAGCCUUUGACAGCGUAGGAACAAAUGCAAUACUGUCAGCACUGGUCGAUCAAGGUGUGGAUGCGUCGUAUGAGAGGACAUUAGCCCACUGCUACGAUCGAUGCACGACUAGGAUACAGCUUUUCCACCGCCCUCUCACCAUACCCAUUGGAAAGGGGGCACGACUAGGCGAUACUAUAUCGCCAAAGCUGUUCACGGCUGCAUUGCAAUGGAUAAUGAAAUCACUAUCCUGGGAAGAAAAGGGCAUACGCGUUGAUGGAAGAUUUCUUUCGAACCUUCGUUUCGCGGACGACAUCGUUCUCUCUCUAAAGGAUUCAUAA